AUGGCGCUUUCCAUUCUUUCCGCUACUCUUCUUCUCGCCAGCCUCGUCUCCGGUCAGGCGCCUGGCAAUUCUACCGAUGAACACCCCAAGAUCGAGACCUUCCGCUGCACCGUCAAGGAUGGUUGCCAGAAGAAGACCAACUACCUCGUCGUCGACUCAAGUCAGCAUCAAAUCAAGACUUCGAGCGGCGUGAGCUGCCUGACCGGCAACAACCCGCCCAACUCCACUGCCUGUACCACUCCCGAGGAGUGCGCGACCAACUGCCACAUCCAGGGUAUCGCCGACUACAGCACCAAGGGUGUCACUACUCACGGCACGGACAUUCGUCUGACCAUGUUCAAUGCCGACAAGCAGAAAGUCUCUCCCCGCAUCUACCUGCUGGAGGAGAACAAGCAGCGCUACGAAAUGAUCCAGCUCACGGGAUCUGAGUUCAGCUUCGACGUCGACAUGGUCAACUUGCCCUGCGGCAUGAACAGCGCGCUGUACCUGUCCGAGAUGCUUCCGGACGGUGGCAAGAACACAAGCUCCUUGAACAAGCUUGGUCCCGCGUGGGGCACCGGCUACUGCGAUGCGCAGUGCUUCAAGACGUCCUUCAUCAACGGAGUUGGCAACUUUGACCAAAAGGGCUCUUGCUGCAACGAACUUGACAUCUGGGAGGCCAACUCUCGUGCAACUCACAUCGCGCCUCACCCUUGCAGCCAGCCCGGCCUUUACAAGUGCACCGGCGAGGAGUGCGAGAAGGCUGGCGUCUGCGAUAAGUCCGGCUGCGCCUGGAACGCCAACCGCGUGAACGUGACCGACUUCUACGGCCGCGGUGCCGACUACAAGGUCGACACUACCCGCAAGUUCACUGUCGUCACGCAGUUCCCCGCCCAGAACGGCAAGCUCAAGGAGCUCCGCCGCAUGUACGUCCAGGACGGCAAGGUCAUCCAGAACAACGUUGUCAAUAUCGAGGGACCCCCGAAGAUUAACUUCAUGAACGACGAGUACUGCCAGGCCACUGGUGCCUCCGACUUCAUGCGGUUGGGUGCUAUGGAGGUCAUGGGCGGUGCCAUGUCGCGUGGUAUGGUUCUGGCCAUGAGCUUGUGGUGGGAUGACUCGACCUUCAUGUCGUGGCUUGACCAGGGCAACAAUGGCCCUUGCAACGCUACUGAGGGUAACCCCUCGGUUAUCACCUCGAUCGUGGCCAACCCUGAGGUGACGUUCAGCAACAUCCGCUUUGGAGAGUUGAACUCGACGAUGAACAUGAGGCUUUAG